UUAAAAUAGCAUUUGUUUGCAUUGUCUGCAUUUUUUUUUAUUAUAUUGAGAGAAGUGAGAGUUGAUGAUUGUUCUUAUCACCAUCGAUUGAUUGAUUGAUCAUUUUAUCCAUAGUAAAUUUCAAAGAAAACAUUCCUUCUUGAAGAAUCUUAACAUUCGAAAUUUUAAUGAUAAUGAUGAAAGGAAAUAUUAUUAAAUUAUUUUUAGUAAUCAUUUCAUUUACAUUUACAUAUGAAUGUAUGGCAAGUGAUUCUUCCGAAAAACCAAAAGGACCGAAAGCAACCGAUAUUGUUACAUUUGAUAUAACAAUCGAUGGUGAAUCGGCCGGUAAAAUACGUAUCGGUGUUUUCGGUAAAACUGUACCAAAAACUGCCGAAAAUUUUAAACAACUUUGUAUCAAACAUCAGACUGAGAAAGCCGAAGAUGGCAAACUUGUCGGCUAUAAAGGUAGCAUAUUCCAUCGUGUCAUUUCGGAUUUUAUGAUACAAGGUGGUGAUUUUACACGUGGUGAUGGUACCGGUGGCCGUAGUAUUUAUGGUGAAAAAUUCCCUGAUGAAAAUUUUAAACUAAAACAUUAUGGUGCUGGUUGGUUAUCGAUGGCAAAUGCCGGUAAAGAUACAAAUGGUUCACAAUUUUUUAUAACAUGUAAAAAAACACCAUGGUUAGAUGGACGUCAUGUUGUAUUUGGUAAAGUAUUGGAAGGAAUGUCUGUGUUGAGAAAAAUUGAAAAAUUAGAAACCAAUCCACAAGAUCGUCCAAAAAAAGAAGUUAAAAUUGCCGAUUGUAGUGUUGAAACAUUAGCCGAACCUAUUUCAGUUGCACGUGAAGAUGCAACCGAAUAAAAAAUGGCAAAAUAAAAUGAAAGGAUUAAUAAUGGUGUGCCAUUAACGA